UAGCUUUUUUUCUACAGAAAAUGGCCAAAAAAAAUUAUAUAAAAUAAACAAUUCAAAGACUGAAGCCCUCUCUCUCUCUCUCUCUGGAUCGAGUUCUGAUUUGAAUUCUUGUAAUUAUUUUAGCUGGGUCCAGCCCAAAAAAAAAAGGUGGAACAGGUGUUUGUUUGUAGCAUUCGGAGAAGUCAGCAGCUGUCUGGAUUUCGUUGUGGCGUUGUGUUAUUUCGACUGCUCCUCCGUUACAAAACAAAAGAAAAAGGAGAGCAUCUGGGGGUGGGUAAGUAAGCUAAUUCAUGGCAUUAUUCGUGAAAGCCACAGUUUAUGUUGUCGUCUCGCGUAAUUGCCCCAUCAUUGAAGCUGGAGUCAUGGUGUAGAUCUGGAUGGUGGAUGUCAAUGGAGGAAUAAUUUGAAGGCCAAGUGAACUACCCUGAAGUUGAGUCCAGAUUGUCACUCAACAGCUCAGAUCGGGCUGAAGUUUUUACUUUCCAAACUUGAAGCACAGUUGACCAAUCAUCGAGGCUGAAGCACGUAUAGAGGGGGGUAUAAAGUCUGUAUUUGUCUGUGUUUGCAAGUUCAUCAGUGCCAAUUCUGGGACGAAAUAGAAGGAAAAUCCGAAUAAGAGGGAGGGAACUUGUGAAUUGUUCUUCGUCUCCAUGCGGUGCUGGAAACAACUUGAGUUUGGAACCACGACAGAAGAAGGUAUAAACCGCCAGGCUAUGAUGGACAAACAAUCAGCAGAAGAAUGGCUGUCACUUGCCCAAUCUCUCAUACCGGUGGCCCUGGCCAAGGCAAAAUCUGUCAAGAAUUUCCAAGGGAGAUGGAAGACGAUAAGCUCAAAGAUUGAUCAGAUCCCAACUUGUUUGUCAGACCUGUCGAGCCACCCUUGCUUCUCCAAGAACAGGCUCUGCAGUGAGCAGUUGCAGUCGGUAGCCAAGACGCUGAAUGAAGUGAUAGAACUGGCCGAGUUAUGUUUGACAGACAAGUAUGAAGGGAAGCUACAUAUGCAGAGCGAUCUGGACUCGCUAUUAGGAAAACUGGAUCUAAAUCUCAGAGACUGCUCAGUUUUGAUCAAGACUGGCGUGCUGGGUGAAGCCACUUUACCUCUAUCCAUCUCCAGUUCAUCGGAAACGACAAAGAAAACCAGUUUAAAGGAACUUCUGGCACGACUUCAGAUUGGUCACUUGGAAUCAAAGCACAAGGCGCUUGAAAGUCUCCUCCAGGUCGUGCUAGAGGAUGAAAAAAUGUUAAUGCCCUUGAUCGGGCGGGCCAACAUUGCGGCCUUAGUCCAACUGUUAACGGCCAAUUCAACCCGAAUCAGGGAAAAAGCUGUGGAUCUUAUCUGUUUAUUAGCUGAAUCAGGACACUGUGAUGAGUGGCUUGUCUCAGAAGGUGUAUUGCCUCCUCUCGUGAGGCUUGCGGAGUCGGGAAGUUUUGUGACCAGAGAAAAGGCCGCCAUUUCGCUUCAGAAACUGUCAAUGGCGCCUGAAACCGCCCGAGAAAUUGCGGGUCACGGUGGGAUCCUACCGCUGAUCGAUCUCUGCAGAACCGGUGACUCAGUGUCUCAAGCCGCAGCCGCGGCAGCUCUGAAGAACAUCUCGGCGGUUCCUGACCUCAGACAGUUUCUUGCAGAGGAAGGAACGGUGAAAGUUUCCAUCGAUCUUCUGAAUCACGGGAUUUUAUUAGGAUCGCGAGAACACAUGGCAGAGUGUCUGCAGAACCUCACUGCAGCGAACGAGACUAUCUGCAAAGCUGUUGUCACAGAAGGCGGCGUCACGAGCCUCUUGGCUUAUCUCGACGGACCACUGCCGCAGGAACCAGCGGUCGCGGCGCUGAGAAAUCUUGUCCCUUACGUGAGUUCAGAGACAUGGGUCGCCGUGAAUUUGGUUCCGAGAUUAGCCCACGUGCUCAAAUCGGGAUCCCCUGGCGCACAGCAAGCGGCAUCAUCAGCGCUGUGCCGAUUCGCAGCAUCGCCUGAAUCGAAGAGGCAUGUGGGAGAAUCCGGGUGCGUUUCACUGCUCGUGAAGCUUCUGGAAUCGAAAUCCAACGGCUGUAGAGAAGCGGCGGCGCAGGCGAUCGCUGGGCUGGUGACGGAGGAUCGGAGCCGCCGGGAAGUGAGAAAAGACGACAAGAGCGUGCCAAAUCUGGUGAUGUUGCUUGAUCCGAACCCGGGAAACACGGCGAAGAAGUACGCAACUGCAGGGCUUCUGGGCCUGUCGGGGAGCGAAAAGAGCAGGAAGGUGAUGAUUUCGUACGGAGCGAUUGGAUAUCUGAAGAAGUUGUCAGAGAUGGAAGUGUCCGGCGCCAAGAAGCUUCUGGAGAAGCUGGAGCGAGGGAGGCUGAGGAGCUUGUUCCAGCGGUGAAUCCUGUUUUACCGUCGUGGACGAAGAACGGUAAAAAAGCAAAAAAUAAACUGAAGCCAUCUUUUCGGUUCUGCGCGUGUACGAGUUUUCUGUGAUGUAUUGCAAGUGUAUUUUGUUAGGAUAAAAUUAAAUAAUUAUUUAAAUGUGUUGGGCCUUGGGCUUUGGGGCUUUAUUGGGUAAGAAGCCCAUUAGAGCCCAUUAGGACGAAAUAUUUUUUGA